GUCAGUUAACAGGGGGCAACAACGGUUACAGCGCCCGUAUCGGUAUUCCCGAAUCCGGAUUAAUUUACUCAUACACUCGCCAAAAACGAUCCAGUUUUCAACUGACGACAGAAGCUGAAGUUAUUGUUUGUUUUUUUUCCUCAUAAACAUCAGGCUCGUGUAAGGGCACGGUAGCAGUUUAGCUUACAGGCUACAGCACAGCACAAAAAAACAGACUGAUAUUCGCUAGAUCUCCUGCUUUAUAAACCAGCUCUGACACUAUGACAUCAAGGAAGAAAGUUCUUCUGAAGGUGAUCAUUCUUGGAGAUUCCGGGGUUGGAAAAACAUCUCUAAUGAACCAGUAUGUGAAUAAAAAGUUCAGUAACCAGUAUAAAGCCACUAUAGGAGCAGAUUUCCUGACAAAAGAAGUGAUGGUUGACGACCGGCUUGUCACAAUGCAGAUAUGGGACACAGCAGGUCAGGAGCGGUUUCAGUCUCUGGGUGUAGCUUUCUAUCGUGGUGCUGACUGCUGCGUCCUGGUGUUUGACGUCACUGCCCCGAACACCUUCAAGACACUGGACAGCUGGAGGGAUGAGUUUCUGAUCCAGGCCAGUCCUCGAGACCCAGAAAACUUCCCUUUCGUGGUGCUGGGCAACAAAAUCGAUCUGGAGAAUAGACAGGUAACAACUAAGCGAGCACAAGCUUGGUGUCAGAGUAAGAACAACAUCCCAUAUUUUGAGACCAGUGCAAAGGAGGCCAUCAACGUAGAGCAGGCAUUCCAGACCAUCGCGCGCAAUGCACUCAAACAGGAAACUGAAGUGGAGUUAUACAACGAGUUCCCCGAGCCAAUUAAACUAGACCGGAACGAUAGAGCCAAACCAUCAGCAGAGACCUGUAGCUGCUGAGGACCUCCAGGGGGCGCAACAUUUCACCCUCAGCCUCUCUGGCCUCGUCUCUGCCUCAUUCCCUCCUCCUCACUCUCAUUCUCUCUCUUGCGUUCUUUCUUUCACCCCAACCCCCCCUUCCCCCCUUCCCCCAGUUCUUCUUCAUCGCCUUCCCACCCUCUACUUGAUAUAAUCACUGGCCUUUGUAGACGAGCAGACUUCCUCUCAUUCAGUAUCCUACACAGUUCUUAUUCACAGCCUUAGACACAACAUACACACACAUAUGCUCAAGAGGCUCAAUCUGGCACCAAUUUCAUACACAAAAUCGCCACCUCCCCCACGUUAAAAAAAGUCCUACUCAAACUUUUCACAACACUUGAAUGGCUCUUGAGACUUUUUAUAUGUAUGUCACAAUGAAAUUGGCAAAGUGUGAUGUGAACGCUGAAAGAUGGAGGUGUAUAAGAGCAUUAAAGCCGAAUGUUGGUACCAGAAAUACCGCAACGAUCAAUUGCUUCUUCAUUUUUGCUUGAAAUCGAAAGCCAGCCUGGUGUAAAGCAUGCUACAUUUGCAUCUCAAUUUCUCGAACCUGAAAACGCUCCUGGGUUUGCGAGGUCCCGACGCACUGGAGGUCUAAACACUGCCCCCGCUGUUACAUCUGAGAACUGCAGUCAGUUCAUCCAGUGUCCUUAAAAUGGAAUCAUCCUACUUAACCAUGUGAUGGGAAACUUAGAUAUUAUAUUACAAUUCAUACUAUUAUGACAAUUAGUAUUUCGAUAUUUGUUUUAUCUUUAAUCCUCAUGUCGGCAUGACGAAUCACCGCGAGUCUGCCAUGAGUAAGUAGUGGCGUAGGCCAUUUCUUGAUGUUUGUUUUUUUUGUUUCUUUCAUAUCUUGCCCGGACUCUAUCAGUACCUCAGGACGGUAGAGGACUUAAGUGCUCAGUAUCACUCGGAUAUUUUCCUGUCUGUUUGUUCAUUAUUAUUGUAAUUAUUAUUAUUAUUAUUAUUAUCUGUGUCGCAUUAUAUACAAAUACACACAACUAGACAACAUUGGGGAAAACUGAAUUGUUCAUGACAUUUAAUGAAACAAAAUGCACAGCAUAUACAUUGUUCAAGAUAAAUGUAUUUCAAAGUAAUAAUGGAAAUAAAAUUAAAUUGUUGAAUAA